UUUGGACCAGUUGGGCGGAAGUUGUUUACCUUUCUUACUGCUCGUGGAGGUCAAGUUGCAGUGCAGUUAUCCAGGGCUGUUAAGCCUUUAAGAACAUCGUGGAUCAGUGUGAAGGUUCUGUUGGAUCUUUGUAAUACGCUGCUCAGUCAUGGCGAAGAAGAGGAGGCUGCGCCUCAUUGCAGAAAUGGCUCGUAAGAUCCGGGCGUACCGAGAGAUGAAGUCACGGCCGCGAGAGUCUCAGAAGUACGCCCUGGACUACGACACCAUGCGGCGGCCUCUGACGGGGAAGAUGCUGCCAGUGCUGGCCUGGCAGGAUGUUCGCAGGGAGAGCCGCCUCUUUUCCUUACUGGCUGGCAUGAGGCUUUUUGGAGUUGGCCGUUUAUUCACCCGCAAGUCCUGGCUGGAAGACCACCCCCAGCCCAGCUACUGGCAGAUCACAAAGGUCAAGGUGGACUACACAUCUGAGAACAUGGACCAUGGCAGAGCAUGGGGCAUCCUCACAUAUAAAGGAAAACAGGAAGUUGACGUGAAGGAGAUGGAUAAGGUGAUGUACCACGACUGGCGCCUGGUUCCCAAACACAUGGAACACCAGUUGAAGGACUUUGAGCCCCUCCCCGACCCCCCUGUGCAAUACGUCCCCUACCCGCCCCUGCUCCGCGCCAUGCUCCUGGCCCAGCACCGCAAAGCCGGGGGAAGCACAGUGGUGGAGGAGCCCACCCUGCCUUUAAAGAGGGAUGUUCUGCUCAACAAAGACUAUUUCCGCAGACAGGAACAAGAGAGGCAGAAGAGCAACGGGACCGCAGUGUGAAAAUGAGACUCCUGGACUCAAAUGGGUUUUCUUCUGAUACAUGCCUGCGUAUGUAUAUGUAUCUGAGUGAUGUGCUAAAUAUUAAAUUUGAUCUUCAACGUUUUGUAAAG